GCGUGUGCUACACCGCUGGCCCAGAUUCGACGCGACCGUCACGACGUGAACGUGAUAUCUCGACUUGUGUCCGUCGUUUUCGCUGGAUCACUUCCUCCGUUCAUCUUCUUCGAGUACACCUUGACGAAAGUCUUUCUCCCGAUCACGCUGGACGUGUGUGAGUGUACCGUCGUUUCUCGUCGCGACACUGGCCGAAAAACGUGUGCCGAUUGUACCACAUUCGAGAUAGGUGGAAGUUCGAUAAAGGGGGGGUUACAACUGGUGGUGUCUUGUAUGAGCUGGCACGCGGUCCUCGUCCAGUGAAAUCUCGUCGUUGUGUACUUGGAGUGUGCCGAAGUGCGCGUAAGAUGUGACUUCCCGGCGUGUCCCGUUGUGCUCCAUCUCAGGCCGUUCGCCGAAUCAAGAACAGUGUGACGCGUGGGAAUUGACGUCUCUUUUCUUCCUUGUAUCCCUCGCGGUUUCUCGCACACGGGAACACCCCGAUCACGUUCGACACCGUGGCGAUCCAGACGACUGCAUCGACGUCGUCAGAUGAUCUCAAGUUUCCUGGUGAGUGCAUCCUCACAUACAUGGAGUUUCAGCUGGAUAGCGCAGAAUACUGCCAGGCUCAACACAAAUAGAGAGACACGCCCAACCACCCUAGAACCUGCUAGGUAUUAUUAAAGAGAAAGCAAGGAGGAAUUAUCAUAAUCUGGCAAAAAAAAUAUUCAAUAAUAUCAGGAUCAUUGCCUCGAAGUCGGAAAAUCAUCAGCUAGUCAUCUCGCAAGGCGUAGAGGAAUUAAAUAGAAGUCAACUUUUAAUUUACAUUACUAAAUGCAAGAAUCGUAGUUACUGAGCGCACCUGAUCCAGGCGCACCCAGUGCCAAAUAGAUAAUCUUCCGAAUCAUAGUCAAGGAUCCCAAGUGGGAAUCGAUCGCAUAUCAACAACGCCUAAUGUAACGUAGUCCUCACCUUUUCGGCGAAAUUCGCACCCCAAAAACCCUUCUCGAAGUCUACAUGUGAGCCCACUGUUCUGUCCUCUGUAAAAAAAUAACAAAGUAUUCAAUUAAUUAAAUGAAAAACAACUCAAUAAGACUGACAUCUAUGGGCUAAGUUGUCAAAUCCAAUCUUUGUUGCUUCGUAUAGUGUGGCAUAUUAAAAAAGAAAAUAAAAAGAAACAUUGUCGUACAAAAUCGUUAAACAAAAAAAAAAAGAGUUCGAACAAUACAAGAAGUAGGAGUAUACCAGCUGUUGUCCAAGAGGAAAUGAGCAACAUGAGGGUCAAGGACAUCAGGCCGGCGCCCGCCGAAAUCGAAUACAAAAACAUGAAAUUCCUCAUCACUGAUCGGCCCAAUGAUCAGACCAUUCAUACUUUUAUCCAAGAACUGAAGAAGCACAAUGUGAAAGAAGUAGUGAGAGUCUGUGAACCAACAUACAAGGUCGAGGAACUCAAAGCAGAAGGGAUUAAUGUCAUAGAUUUAGUAUUUGAUGAUGGCACAUUUCCACCGAAUGAAGUUGUCGACGAAUGGUUUGAACUGCUGAAAAAUCGAUUCCGCGAGUCCCCUGAUGCGUGUGUGGCCGUACACUGCGUUGCAGGACUUGGCAGAGCACCAGUGCUGGUUGCGCUUGCUCUGAUUGAAUUGGGACUAAAAUAUGAAGAUGCAGUCGCGUUAAUCAGAGAAAAAAGACGAGGCGCCAUCAACGCAAAGCAGCUGGCCUACCUUGAGAAAUAUCGUCCCAAGUCUCGGUUGAAGCUCAAAAAUGGACAAAAGAACUCCUGCUGCGUCCAAUAGAUUAAACGAUUUCUUUGAAAAGUUACUAAUUCAUACUGAUUGGUAUACCUAAUUGUAUAAGUUUUCAUGCCUGGUAAAACAAGAGACAUACUGUACCGACUCUGUUCUGAAAAGGCCUAUCAAUGGAAAUGCAACUAAACUAUUUACUAAAGAAUUUUCAAGUCACAUUUUGCACUGUCGAAUUCAUUGUCAGGAAGCAAACAAUUGAAAAGCGAAACUGCUUAGAAUGAUUUUUCACUUUUCUUUUAUGAAAAUUUUUGUAUUUAUUUUUGAUACUAAAUUAAGGUUAAAUGCUAUAGAACAGGGAAUAUCCUCUCACGCUUGGUAAGGUUAGUAAUGAAUUUAAAUGGAUCUGAUUACCUGUAUAAUUAAAACUGGAUCAACUUAUGCAUUGUACAGCAUAUUCGGUGCCUUAUUUAAGGCUAUUGCGUACAACAAUUACGAAAGGCUGCAUUUAUUUGGUCCAAUAAA